AUGGAUAACGUGCGGACGCUCAACCGCGCUGCUCUGCAGGAGUUUAUUCGCCAGCCGGUGACUCGUGAGAUGGUCGCUCAUCUGGCGGUGCAGGCGUCGCGGGUCAUUCGCUGCGAGGCGCAUGUGACGGCUCCCCAGCCUCAACAUCACCAACACCAACACCAACAACAUGGCCAACCCACGCCCCCAACCACCCCGCCUAUGGACUCGUCCAGGUCGCCGCUGCCCUCUGUCGAAACCUUCAUCGUGUCGCUGGUCACUCGCUCCCAGGUGCAAGUGCCCACGUUGAUGACCACCCUAGUCUACCUGGGUCGACUGCGUGAGCGAUUGCCCCCGGUCGCCAAGGGCAUGCGAUGCACGGUGCACCGCAUCUUCCUGGCCUCGUUGAUCCUGGCCGCGAAGAACCUCAACGACUCCAGCCCCAAGAAUAAACAUUGGGCUCGCUACACCGCCGUCAAGGGCUACGACGACUUCAGCUUCUCCCUGCCCGAAGUGAACCUCAUGGAGCGCCAACUGCUCUUCCUGCUGGACUGGGACCUUCGUGUCACCGAGGCAGACUUGCUGCGCCAUCUCGAGCCCUUCCUGGCGCCCAUCCGCCAACGCUACCUGCACUACCAGGAGCGCGAGGCGGAGCUACGCCAACCCCGCGAAUGGCGCCGUCUGCACGCCUCUGCCGAACUGUUGACCGGUCGUCUGCGUCGUCAGAAAAUGGACGCCCAUCUCGCCGACGCAGGCCGGCGCCAUCACCACAACAACAACAACCACCACCACCAUCGCGCACGCCUACCCCCGAGCCCAGAGUCGCUCUCCUCGCUGUCGUCUUCCGGCGCCUCGCCCGCCGUCUCCGUGGCAGACACCGACCGGUACCAGCCGUACCCGUCGCGCCGGCGUCCGACUUCGCGCUCUCCGCCGUCCGUGCAGGACGUGCCCAUGCUCUCGCGCGCCGAGACCGUUCCGUCGCUCAGCUCGCGUGCCUCCAGCGUGGCGCCCAGCUCCCGCGGCGACACGCCCGCCAGUCUGCGCACCUCCGGCUCCAUCUCCAGCAUGGAUGAGGAUGUGCGUGUGGCUGACGCAGCACGCAGCCCCUCCCUGCACGGCGGAUACGUCCACCUGUCAGACGUUAAGAUGGAGGACGCGCCGCCGUCGGGCAAGAAGAUGCGCAUGUCCGGCAGUCACGCGGGCGGCGGCGGACUCGUGGCCCGAUUCUUCGCCUCGGCGGCCGGCUCGUACAUGGGCGGCCGCAUGCGCCAUGUCUAA